AUUAUUUUUGUACGGGGUGUCUGUAAUAUGGAGACAAGAUAAUGAGAAUCGGCAAAAUAGCUUUUGAUGUUUUACGCAGUCGUUUAGAAUUCUUUGUAAAGCUUUUCUUUGUUAUGAUAUAGCGUGAACGACAGUGUUGAGCGUAUUAAAUGCCUAUUUUGUUCUGUGCAGAUUGUACGUGACAGGUAAAUGAAUGAGUUGUUGUCUCAAUCUCCUUUUUCGUAAUAAACUUUGAAGGAAAUCAAUCUAUUAGUAUUUCACUGCAUAAUAGGCUAACUGAUGAAGUACGGAUGCUGACUGAGAUAAAUGAUGAUUUUCACUGAUGACUUCCUUAUAUUUUGGUGUUAUAACUCGGCUUGUUUGUUGCCACAGGGCGUUUGUUAACGAUGAUUUUGUGGGUGAUAACGAAUUUUCUGUGAAUGUGUUUACUUAUUUUUGAUAAGAACUCUGAAAGAAACCUCUUUUGUGAAUAUAUUCACGUUCAGUUUAAUGAGAUAAUGUAGUGAAUCCUUUCCAAUAUUGGGAUUGGAAAGUGGAUAAUAUUUUUUGAAAAAUGCAUAAAGUUCUUGAAGUAAAGCACACCAAAUUAACGUCUUAUUACUUUUGUUGUGAGAUACUUUUAGUUUAUGCAGACUAUGUUCACUGAAUGGAAGUGGCUUAUCUAUCUCACUCUCUCCCAGAAUUUAUGUAUGCUCUACUUUCACUUAAUUCGUCGUAUCGAAUGAGGAAGUAUUAAUGAUUUUUUUAAAUAUAAUCAUUAAACAUACUAACAGAAACUGAAUAUCUUACACCAUUAAUUCGCUCACACACGAACAAAUGAUAUUGUCGUCAAAGUAGGAAGACUGAUAGAAUAAGUUCAUUUUCUUCAUAUUUACAUAUCUUGUUUCUUAUUCAUUGUACCUAGAGUUAAACCGCGUUACGUAAGAUAAUGUACUUAGUAAUGUAAUAUAUAAUAUAUUUUUUAAUUGCGAAAUCUAGUUUCAUGACCGUUCUUGAUUUUUUUGAAGUUUCAAGACUCAUAUAAUAGGAGCCUGAAAAUAAAAUUCAAUUAUUUUAGUGUUAAUUUUGGAUAUAUAUGCGAUCUUACUGGCAACCUAAUCUAGGACUCCGGCAUUUAAAUUGCGAAUUUUCACCUCUAUCUGGGUUUGUAUGCAGCAUUACCUGGUUACUUUCAAGAUGACUAGAUCUGCGAGCAGACUAGGACGUAUGUUUACGUUGAUGCAUCCUACGUUUAGCUUGAGAAUUGUGACUUGAAGAUCAAAAUUCAGUAUCAAGCUUGGCAAAGUACUGUGGCAAGCCCAUUUGGCCACUGUAUCAUCUGUCUAUUCAUUGUAACUUAGACUCUUAAUUCACUAUGUUAAUUUCGGAGUGUAUGAUCGAAUGCAUGUCUGUACAUUAACUUUUAAACUAUUUUCCUAUUGGUUUCAACGUGCAGAUAAUCGAUAAUUUAUCUACACCCGAUUAACCCUCAAAUAUAUAUGGAUUUUUAACAAACUCACACUCUCUCUGUUCCCAUCGUGUGCUUGCUCACAAUACGCUUGUGGAUUAUCAUUAUUCAUUAAUAAUAAACUAUCUCCAUAACUGGUGUUCAGGCUUCUCAAUAAUCUCGAGUAAAUCCGUAAUUCUACUAGGAGAUUAAGCCUACCUUAAAUACUCAGUUACGGGAUAUUAUUAUUUGGAGUCAGAUAUUAAGGACAUUAUCCAUAACAUAUUGGUUAGCUGCCGCCUCAACAUAUUGGUGAACCGCUUUUGGAACACACACCAUUCCUCUACGAAUUCUGCUGCAUACUCUCCAAGCGUAUCUUAAAGAACUUCACAUUGGAAUUACUAUUACAAUUAUUAACAAUUCAUUAACAGUCAUAAUAAAUCCAUCCAUAACAUUGUUCCUUUGGAAUUAUUGCUGUAUAUUCGCAUAUUUAAACCAAAAGUGACAGUUUUUCUUUUUGGUGAGUCUUAUAUAUAUAUUUUUUGUUGUUAUUUUUUAUUUCUCUUCAUAUUGUAUAUUACAAUCCUCAGCUUAUUAUUACUAUUGCUUUUUCGUAUCAUGGCACUUGAUAAUUCGUUAAGCCUUUCAUCUAAAUCUAUUUCCGUGGGUGCCAUCUCUGUACCUUUACCCAUUUUUAAUCCACGAAAGGCUGAACUCUGGUUUGCUCGUUUAGAAAGCUUUUUUGUAGCAAACAAAAUCACAAACCAGAGUACGAAAUUUAGUUAUGCAAAUUCACUGCUGCCAGAUGACGUCAUUGAACAAGUGCCGGAUGUCAUUUUUAAGCCGGAUCCUGACUCACCAUUCGAUUGUCUAAAAAGAGAGGUCAUUCGUGUCACAUCUCUCACCGACCAACAGACAAUUGAUCAACUUUUAGCCAACGUAGAGCUAGGUGACAAUACACCGUCACAGUUAAAACGCCACAUGACAAACUUAUUAGGAAAUCGUACAGUAGACAAACGUCUACUAUAUCAAUUGUGGCUCAGACGUCUCCCUCAAAACAUUCAACAGAUACUAGCAAUUGGAGACGAAGACGUUGAUUUUGAUAGACUAGCAGACAUAGCCGACAGAAUUUACGAACGGUCCAAGACUCACCUUGUAUCUCAAAUCCAAUCAAGCUCAGCUGACGAGAUCGCCGAGUUACGACGAUCAGUUGAUACCCUUACGAAACAGAUAGCUCAGAUCCAAUUAUUGAAUGCCUCCCACAGCAAGCGUAGAGGAACAUCCACAAGCCGUAGACGACGUAGUCCAAGCACUACUAGACACAACAUUUGCUGGUACCAUAGAACAUAUGGCAAACAAGCUAGAAAAUGUACUCCGCCUUGUAACUUUGCAAGCACACAGAAAAAGGGACGUCAAGACCGCAGGUUAAUGACGACUGCACUCACUGACCACAACUCUCAAGACAGUCGUCUAUUAUAUGUUACAGACAAAAGAACCGGCACACAGUUUUUAGUCGACACUGGGGCAGAGGUUAGUGUAGUACCACCUACUGCACUCGAGAAAAACACACCUGACCCCAAACUAAAACUACAAGCUGCAAACAGGUCUGACAUCAAGACGUACGGCAAAAGGCGGUUGCAAUUAAAUUUCGGUCCUAAAUCUAAUUUUUCCUGGAGUUUCAUCAUAGCGGACGUCCUCGUUCCUAUAAUCGGCAUUGAUUUCCUGCAAUUCCACAAAAUACUGGUAGAUGUCAGAAAUAGGAAACUUGUCCUUGCCGAACAGAGUAAGGAAAUUAGAGGAAUUAUAUCAAAUGAGACUUCCAUACAUUUAUUAGUUAAACCUCAUCAUGAGAACGACAAAUACGUCAAUUUACUUAAUCAGUUUCCAGAUUUAUUACGACCGAGUUUCAAACACGACAAACCGACGCAUACCGUCGUACACCACAUAAAGACAGAGGGUCCACCUGUGUUCGCACGUCCAAGACGCCUUGAUCCCUCUCGUCUGGCUAUCGCAAAGAACGAAUUCAACAAAAUGAUUGAGUUGGGCAUCAUACGCCCCUCCGAUAGUCCGUGGGCAUCACCUCUUCAUAUGGUACCUAAGAAAAACUCUUCCGAAGUUAGACCGUGCGGUGACUAUAGAGCUCUCAACAGCCGGACCAUACCAGAUAGAUAUCCUCUCCCACAUCUGCAUGACUUCACUCAUAGCCUAUCUGACGUGUCGAUCUUUUCAAAAAUUGAUCUCGUCCGUGCUUACCAUCACAUUCCAAUUCAUCCAGACGAUGUUCCUAAAACAGCCAUUACUACCCCCUUUGGACUAUACGAAUUCGUCCGCAUGCCUUUCGGAUUAAGGAAUGCUGCACAAAGUUUCCAGCGUUUUAUUGACCAAGUGGUACGGGGCUUACCGUUUGUGUAUGCUUACAUAGAUGACCUACUUAUAGCAAGCAAAGAUGAAAAUGAACAUCUAACUCAUCUGAAAAUGCUUUUUGAGAAGCUAAACGAGUAUGGGUUAGCGGUCAAUCUUGACAAAUGUGAGUUCGGAAAACAAUCCCUCACCUUUUUAGGUCACGUACUUGAUAAGCAAGGCAUUAAACCAGUUCCUGAGGAAACACAAGCUAUCAAAAAUUAUCCUUUGCCUGAUUCAUUCAAGAAACUACGACGUUUCCUUGGGAUGAUCAACUUUUACAGACGUUUUAUCCCUAAAUGUGCAGACUUAGCAAAACCACUAACUGAUUUAUUAAGGGGACGAGCUAAAUCAUUAGCAAUGACACCGCAAGCAAUUCAAGCAUUUGAUCAGUUGAAAAGCGCUUUAAGCACAGAGGCAUUACUCGCACGACGAAAGGUUGAUGCACCUUUAGCAAUAAUGACCGACGCUUCUAACGUAGCAGUAGGUGCUGUACUUCAGCAACGUGUCAAUGAACAAUGGCAACCUCUUGCAUUUUUCUCAAAAAAGCUAAACGCAACGCAAACGAAAUAUAGCACAUUCGGUAGAGAACUGUUGGCUAUCUACUUAGCCAUCAAACACUUUCGCUACAUGUUAGAAGGCAAUUCUUUCACGAUAUAUACUGAUCACAAACCCCUAACUAAGUCCUUGAUGCACAAUCAUGAUAAAUAUAGUCCGCGCGAAAUUCGUCAACUAGAAUUCAUUUCACAAUUUGCAGCUGAUAUACGCUAUAUUAAAGGCAAUGCAAAUGAGGCAGCAGAUGCACUAUCGAGAUUAAAUAUCAAUACCUUCUCGAUCCCUGAUAUAGACUAUCAAGAAAUGGCAAAGCAUCGAAAGGUCGAUACGGAGCUACAAAAGCUUUUGCAGUCUAAGGAAACGAAAUUAUUAUUCCAAAACAUCCCCAUAAACAACAAGGACACCUUAACUUGUGAUACCUCAACAGGUAAAACUCGCCCUUUUGUACCUUUCGGUAUGAGACGAAAUAUUUUUGAAAAAAAACAGACAACUGUAAAACCGUCUAAACCUGCAGCAGAGCAAGCACCAUUCAAACUACCUGCAACAAGCAACACUUCAAAUCGAAAUUCAGCAGCAGCACAAACUACAACAAGAUCAGGAAGAAGAGUACAUUGGCAAGAUAGGUAUGUAGCAACCACCAUAUUUAUCUAGACCAAAUCCUGAGACUACUCUUAUAACACAUAAAAAUCCUAUUUUAUUUUGAUUACUAUUUUUUUUAUUGGCCCCACGGAUCAUCAUUAUGCUUACAUUUUAACUUUAUACAAUUCAUUAAUGUUAAAUAUACACUUGUAUAUACAUGAUAUGAAACGUUUCAACACACAAGCUGUUAUUACAAUUUUACUCUUACUCAUCAUAUUGAGUUGUACUUUUAUUUUAAAAACAGUUCCGUUCUUUAUCUCUUUGUCGAACAUAGAUGUUAAUCCAAUUUUUUUUUGGUACAUAAAAACAUCAAUGUUCUGGAUGGGAGCUUAUGUGGCAAGCCCAUUUGGCCACUGUAUCAUCUGUCUAUUCAUUGUAACUUAGACUCUUAAUUCACUAUGUUAAUUUCGGAGUGUAUGAUCGAAUGCAUGUCUGUACAUUAACUUUUAAACUAUUUUCCUAUUGGUUUCAACGUGCAGAUAAUCGAUAAUUUAUCUACACCCGAUUAACCCUCAAAUAUAUAUGGAUUUUUAACAAACUCACACUCUCUCUGUUCCCAUCGUGUGCUUGCUCACAAUACGCUUGUGGAUUAUCAUUAUUCAUUAAUAAUAAACUAUCUCCAUAACUGG